CGGUGACUCCUCCCCCUUCGAUCAGAGCGCGAGGAUCCUCCGCACCGGGAACAUGUCCGCCGCCGCCUCCGUCACCAUGACAACCCUCCGCUCCUCCGCCGCCGCCAGACUCCUCCUCCUUCAUCACCGGAGCUUCCACUCCACACCGAGCCGGAAUGAAGCCGUCAUCAUCUCCGGGAGGAAGCUGGCCCGACAGAUCCGUCUGGAGGCGCGGUCAGAGGUGGAGCAAUGGGUGGCGGCUGGAAAUAAGAGGCCCCACCUCAGCGUGGUCCUUGUGGGGGACAAUCCGGCCAGUCACUCCUACGUGCUGAACAAGACCCGCGCCGCCGCCGAUGUCGGGAUCAGCAGUGAGACGAUCCUGAAACCUUCCUUCAUCAGUCAGGAGGAGCUCCUGGAUCUGAUCAGCAAACUCAACCAUGACCACAAGGUGGACGGCCUGCUGGUGCAGCUCCCCCUCCCAGAGCACAUUGAUGAGCGGGUCGUGUGCAAUGCGGUGACCCCCGAUAAAGACGUGGACGGGUUCCAUGUGGUCAAUGUUGGUCGGAUGUGUUUGGACCAAUACUCCAUGUUACCCGCCACUCCCUGGGGGGUGUGGGAGAUCAUCAAGCGAACCGGAAUUCCCACUCUCGGGAAGAACGUGGUUGUAGCCGGAAGAUCGAAGAAUGUCGGGAUGCCGAUCGCGAUGUUGCUGCACACAGAUGGGCGACACGAGCGCCCCGGAGGCGAUGCCACCGUCACAAUCUCCCACAGAUACACCCCCAAGGAGCAGCUGAAGAUGCACACCAAGCUGGCCGACAUCGUGGUGGCGGCUGCAGGAAUCCCCAAUCUCAUUACGGCGGAUAUGAUAAAAGAAGGCGCGGCUGUGAUCGAUGUCGGAAUUAAUCGGGUUGAGGAUCCAAUCACAGGGAAGGCCAGACUUGUGGGGGACGUGGACUUUGAAGGAGUGAAGAAGAAGGCGAGUUUCAUCACCCCGGUCCCUGGAGGGGUGGGCCCCAUGACGGUCGCCAUGCUGAUGAAGAACACCAUCAUUGCUUCCAAGAGGUUGCUGAAGCCGACAGAACAGCCGGUGCUGCAGAACCUUCGGGCCGCCUCCGUCUGAGGCCACGCCCACCAUGAACUCUCCACAUUCCAGUCCCACCACCAUGAACAGGCCGACAAUGAAAUGCAAUAUUUGUAUUUAUUUUAGUGAAGCCGUAGGCUUCCUCAGGGGAGGUAUUUAUUCAGAGCAGACUGCGGGAGGGGGCGGUGUGCUCCCAUAACUCCUCCCAUAACUCCUCCCAUGCAGACCUCCGUGUGCUGAUACCAAAGGUAAUCCGGCUCUGUCCUCCAUCCAGGAUGGGAAGGCGGAGCUCUAUGAUUGUAGCUCUACGGCGCCCCCCACUGACACGGGAUGUUGGGGGUCCCGAUGGGGGGAGGCAAGAUUGGACAUUUUAUAUAAAGAAUUUAUCUGUUACACAUCUCUUCAUAUCCGGCCCCCGGCAACGUCAUAUCCUGGCGGAGCGAUCGGCGGAAUCAGUGAAUAUUGCCAAAUGCGAUCCAAUCGCUGAGCACCAGAGAUGAGCGAUCGGCGAAUGCCAAGCUUCGCUCGUGAACCCGCCCCUGGGGGAGAUCGGCCAAUCAGAUUGGUUCGACAUCCAAAUAUAUCUAUAAAUUUAUUUUAUUUUUUUUA